AAUUAAAUGGACAGAUAGCAAAAUCAAUAAUUAUAGUAACAAUAGGCAUAAAAAUAAAAAUUGGAUCCAUAAGAUAAUCAAUUGUAAGUUUUAAUUAGGAAAUCAUUUAAAGCAUAAGUAUUCAUUGCCAAGAUUUUCUUAAAGAAAUUUGGUGAUGUGGAAUUGCAUGCUCUUGGAGAAGCAUCUAAAAACAGUGUGAAAAUGGCUGACUUUCUAUAAAGAUAAGGUACAUUUACUAAAUAAACUUAAAGGUAUUGUAACAAUUAGUAAAAUCAACUCGUUCACUUUAUAAAAUAAUGAAAAAAAAUAAGUCAAAUUUAUAGUUUAAUUGACCUUGACAGCAGAAGGAAAGAAAAGAUUGGAUUAAGAAUUGAAUUGAUCCUAUAUAUAAUGAGUAUUAGACAUGAAAUCAC